AGCCCCUUGCCCUUCGACCUGCCUUACACCCACUCGGCCGCUUUCGCCGCCUGGGCUUGCGUGUUGUGUUGUCUCUGUCCCUCUUCUCCUCCCGCCGACGUGCCUCGUCCGCUUCCUUUAUUGUGCCCUGCCCUUUGCUCCUUUGCCCCUCUGAUGCAUGCCGCUCUCCGCCUGCCCGGCAUUUCCUGCCUGGCGUCGGGGCUACUUUCCUGCUCGCCCAGUGGAGAGCAUGGCCGCGAACCUGGAGGCCAUCAUGGAGGACGCCAGCAACGACGUUCAUUGGUUCAACACGGCGUCGGGGCUGAUCCUGCACCGGGACGUGCACAACAGGCCCACGGUGGCAAGCCUGUCCUGCAUUGCGAGGAGCAUGGGUGUGCCCUGCCACAUCAAGGAGGAGAAGGAGGACAACGACGCCACCUCCGAGUGAAUGGUUUGUUUGUGGCUCGGUGACUGUUCGAGGCCAUGGUGAUGCUGGGCACCCUUGUGUGCCGCCUGCGUCGGUGGCGCCACAGGUGGCGCAGCAGGCAGGCAGCUGUUGCCUCAACCACAGCACCCACAGCAGCCAUGUUGAUGGUUGGCUUUGCUAGGUUGAGAUGCGCGGGGAGUGCACCGCCGAGUGGGGCAUUAAUUAUCAAUUGUGCGUACUGAGUUAUGUAGAGGUUUAAUGCUGUGGUGUGGCUUUUGAGCUGCGCCGCUGUCAAGCUGUUUGUGUGACGUGUUCUUUCAUGUGUACCAAGGACGUGAUGGCUCGCAGUCUUUUGUUCUACGUAAAAGACUGCUAGCCAUCACAUCCUUGGUACACAUGAAAGAACCACGUCGUAAGAGUAAGUUCCCGAAGCCAAAACUGUAUCGGCGUCAGUGAAGCAUACAAGGACGAGGAAGCCCGUGUGGGUGCAUGUACAGGACGCUCACGUGUCUAAUCUCGGGUCGCGCCAUGCACGGGGCGUGCGGGCAGUGGAUCGACAUCAAAAUGGCGGUCUGGCAGUCCGACGGGACAGUUAACGCGCCAAGGCUAGCAUUAAGAAGUGGGGCCUGAAGGAGGGGAUUGACCUGUGCGACUGAGUGGCUGUGGUGUUGGUGACAUGAGGCUCAGGGCCGGGGCCGGCGCGGGAAAAUGCCUCUCUAUGUGUAAGGUUUCUGGGAUGGCCCUUACCGGCCCGUUUGGACGAGUGGUGCUUUGGCCCUUCGCCGCAUGCAAAUUUGGCACGCAUCUGGUGUGACCGUACCAUGGGUAUGUUUGGAAAUGUGAUGGAGGUUGGGGGGAAUCAAAUGACAUAUGCAACCUGCAUUCUGCGUCUGGCGGGGCCCAUGGACCUCGAUGUGCAACAACUGUCACGCGUGUAUCAUGUGGGCUGCAAUUGCAAUGCAGCUGGCGGCUGUCUGACGUUCGUGAAAGAGCGUGUGGAUACAGGACUGUGUAGGUGCUGUGCGCACCUUGCUCAUUGCUUCACCACUUCAGACGCGUGUGGAGUGUUUUUGGAUCGGCAACUCGCCCUAGCUCAGGCGUGUUGGUGGGACGUGGAGUGACCUCGUUGCGCAAACAUGAAGGCGGCAAUGAGCGUGUGAGCGGUCAAGCGAAGCUCCUAUGCGCCUCACGUGUGCGCCUGGAGGCUGGCGCCUGAGCUUGAUGCGAGUUUCUUCCUCCGCCUACUUUUGCUCCGCCUGGCUGGUGUUGAGUGGAUCCCGCGCGUUCACGAACUCCUGGUAUGGGUGCAAGUGGAGGGAGCUUUUCACGGCUGAGAGCCUGAGAGACUUGCAGGGGCGCUCACUGUCAACGCGUCAACUGCAACCUGCAGCAACCCUGCAAGUGCGUGAAAGCGACAUGCGCCAUGGCUUCUGGCAACUGUUCUCCCCUGCUUUGUGGGAGUGCGGAGAUUGUAACGCGAGCGGUGAGCACUCAAUGUGCUUCAAGUCAUGCGAAUACCACGGGUUUGAGGCAACCUCUAGUGGCAACAGGUUGGUCGAAUUCCUUCGGCCACGCACGGCAUUUAGUUAUGCAAGGACUGCCCCCAGUUUGGCAUAGUGUAAAAGCUUGAUUUG